AUGUGGCUUGAUAGACUGGCUGGCGGUCCAUCAGGCGCGUCAGGUCAGUCAACGCCCCAAGCUGGCAACAGGUCAUACUCGCCUCUCCCACGCAGAACGUCGAGCAACCUUAGCCCGUAUUUGACGUCUCAGCGGGCUGGUCAUUCUCCGCGCAGCUCUUCAUUGUCCCUAGCGUCCAAUGAUUCGUCUACAUCGCUGCUCCCUGCGUCGCGACGACUGAAUGGUUCUUCAUUGCGACAUUCAUCAACCAUCCCGAACCUACCAGACCCGGUAGAGACCCUCGAGAGGCUUCUUCAGCAGCCUGGUCAUGUUGAAAACGAUGCAGAGACGCAGAAGGCGAGGACAAGCUCCAUUGUAGAAGCAGAUCUCGACCUCGAUUUUGAUUUUGGCGGACUUGGAUUGAAGGAGCUCGCGUCGUCACACCCUCCUGAGCAUGCUAUGACAGCAUCGCGGCAGCCGCAAACUGUUGAAGAGUACCAUCAACAGUGUGCCAAGUUUGAAGAUCUCCAUAGGUCCAUCACAGCUUGUGACGACGUUCUCAACUCCGUUGAAAUCAACCUGGCUGAUUUCCGGAAUGAUCUGGCCGCCGUAUCCGCCGAUAUUGAGUCUUUACAAGAGCGAUCGGCUGCAUUGAAUCGGCGGUUGGAGAACCGCAAGGAGGUUGAGAAGGCGCUAGGUCCGCUAGUAGAAGAGCUCAGCCUGUCACCCGAGGUAAUAUCAAAAAUAUCAACCGGUCACAUCGACGAAUCUUGGGCCAAGAUGCUCUCAGAGUUGGACCGGAGAACAGCGGCGCAUAAGAUGAAGACAUCCUCUGCAUUGCAACACAGCAAGGCGUCUGAGGAACUAGGCCCCCUGUUAGAAAAGCUCACAUCAAAGGCAAUUGAGCGCAUCAGGGACUUUCUUGUGGCGCAAAUAAAGGCACUUCGAUCACCACACAUCAACGCACAAAUUAUCCAGCAACAAAACUUUAUCCGCUUCAGGGACCUAUUUACGUUUCUUCAUAAGCAUCAUGCAACCCUCGCCGACGAAAUUUCACUCGCCUACAUGAACACAAUGCGAUGGUAUUACCACAAUCAAUUCAGUAGAUACGAGCGAGCCCUAGCGAAGAUCAAGAUUCAUAUUCUUGACAAGACAGACACUCUGGGCCAUGAAGAUACUACGAGAAUGACGGCCGUUCUUUCGAGUGCUCGAGCAACGGGGCCUCCGCACGAUGUCUUCAAUCUUGGACGGCGCAUAGACCUUCUUACAACAACCAAUCAGGCGGCGAUGUCCUCGUAUCUGGCCGAAGAGGACCAGGCCACGCAUUAUCUGGAAGUACAGUUUCGAAACUAUAAUUUAGCGUUAAUCGACAACGCCACAGCAGAGUACACGUUUCUAGCCACGUUUUUUUCACCAGCGUUGUCUUAUUCCCAAAUUUCGAAAACUUUCAAUUACAUAUUCGAAUCUACCUUUGAGCUUGGCCAGACCUUGUCAAAGACCCUGGUGGCUGAGACGUUUGACGCCUUAGGUAUUUUGCUUUGUAUUCGUCUAAACCAACGCUUUGCGUUUGAGCUUCAGCGACGCAAAGUACCUGUUGUGGACGGAUACAUCAACGGCACGAACAUGCUUCUUUGGCCACGAUUGCAGGUCAUCAUGGAUCGACAUUGCGAAUCUGUUCGUCAAUUAACAAACAGUUUACCCAGCAAACCGACCCGAUCAGCGGCGGAUGUGGCGAAAAUGACAACAGCGCCUCAUGUUGUCACUCAGCGUUUUGGUCAACUCUUGCACGGAUUCCUAGAACUUAGUGCUGAUGCUGGAGAUGACGAGCCAGUCGUUGCUAGCUUGCGGCGAUUACGCUCCGAAAUCGAGGCCUUUUUGGCUAAGCAGAGCCUAUCAUAUGGCGCUGAUAGGCGUAAGAGCGAUCGGUUUCUUUAUAACAACUAUUCCCUUAUAAUGACUAUUAUUGGGGAUACAUCGGGGAAGUUGGCCACGGAACAGCAGGGGCAUUUUGCGAAGCUCAAACUGGCCUUUGAAGUUGACGCAUAG